AUGCACCGCCGAGAGCCAACCUUUGUGCAAAUGUCUCCGCCUCCCAUUGAGCCCUUUGGGCCUGUCCUAGUUCCACGAAGGCUGCAGCAGGGGCUGGGCGCGCCUUACUCCCGAGUAAACCUGCUUCCUGCCUCGCCCGGCAGCAAGCAGGCAGGCAGGCAAGCGCGUGAGCCCCGGGACCUUCCCGCCUCGCCCGGGUCCUUUCGCACGGAGCUGCCCCGCCUCCGAAGCGUCAGGAAGCCGGAAGCAGGCGAGCCGGAGCCGGAGGAGGGAGGCUGCUCGGCGGGCCGCGCCGAUUGCGAGGAGAGCGGGGCUGCUUCGGCCGGGGGCUGCUUCCCGCGCUCGCCGUCGGAAGGGGCCUGUGGAGGGGACCCAGGUGAGGCGGCGCGGGCCCCGGCGCGGGUGGAGGGGAGGGGCGCGCGCAGGGCAGAGGCGAAGCCGGCGGGGAACGUGGCUGCCUGGCUUUCGUUUUCGCCCAGGCGAGCGAGUGACGAGGCUUCGGCCAGCCUUUCUGCAGGCCCGACGGCAGCGGGGAUUUCCCGGCACUGCCCUGCUCUGGUGCAACCCUCCGGAGAGGGGCGCUUCAAAACAGAGGCGACCCCACGCAACGCAGAGCGACCCGGGAGCCGGGUUCGAAUCCUGAGCUGCCCGGCGUCUUUGCUCCUUUGCCUUCUAAACAUUUCGCCCUCCGAGCUGCGCAGUCUUCUGGACGUGCCCAGCUAGGAGCGAGGCCCGAUGUGUGCAUAUCUAAAAGAUCCAGGAGCCAACAUUUAUAAUUUUGCAGAAUAUUCGGACUAUAUGAUAUGUAUUUGUAUAAUUUGGAAUAUUUAAUGUGAUUGGAUUGGAUUGUUAAAAUGGAAAAUAAAAUAAUAUAAAAGAUCCAGGAGCCUCUGUUGGGCAUCUAGCCGGCCCUCCUUGACUAUUCGGGGACUCAGUGGCACUGCUGCCACCUUCCUCUUGUUCGCCUCCACCCAUCACCCCGCUGACAUUUUCUUUAGAUGGCAGGUGUUACAUUGUAGCUCAAUCGGUAGAGCAUCAGACUCUUCAUCUUAAGGCGGUGGGUUCGAGCCCCACGUUGGGCAAGAAUUCUUCCUGCAUCGCCGGGGGUUGGGCUAGAUGACCCUUGGGACCCCUUCCAACUCUACAAUUCCGUGAUUCCUUCCUCCAGCUCUUAACCGAGCACCCCAGAUACUGUCCUCCUGCCCCUCGUGACCUAGCACUUACUUACUAGGGUGUAUUCACACAGAUACACAUUUAUAACAGGAUCGCUUGUGUGCAGCAGCAUUCACCGUGGAUCAAUCACCAGAAAGGUUUUCUGCUUCCUGGAAUGCAAACAUAAUAUUUAGCAGUAGAGAUCCCCCUGUGGGCUCAACUGUGAGGUGUGUGAUUUGCAUAUUUCUAAUUGGAGAGCUUGUGUACAGAGAAGCAGCUUUCUCUGAUUGCGCAUGGAAGCGGAAGUUUCCUGUUGCCCGAGUGCAAUCAUAACAUUUUGGCAGUAAAGAUCAUUUAUGGGCUCAGCUGUGGAGCAUUGGGUGAUUUGCAGAUCUGUGGCCAGCGUUCCAUAGUUCCAUGACGGGUUUGUUGCCUUAGAUUCAGCUUUCACCCUCUCCACAAAUAGACUUAGGCCACUCAAUGUUAACUUUUCUUUUGUAUAUCUUAAUGAAAUAAUCUAGAAGCUGGUGUUGCUGCAGGACUCUUAACUCCCAUUGUUCCAGAUCAUUGCCUGGCACUGAUGAGAGUUGUUGUUGUUGUUUAUUCAGCUUGUAUACCAGCCUAUACUUGCAGGCCUCAGGGUGGUUCACAAUGUAAAUUCGCAAUAUAAAAUCACAAAACAGCUGGAGUGAUGCAGUCCUGGCCCCCCAUGUCAGGGGGCUGGUGUCAAAAGACUUAAAUCCUGUUUUUCCUUACUUGAGAGUAAGCCCCAUGUGAAUUCACCUGGGGUUCAAAAUAAAUAUGCAUAUAAUUGUGCUGAUAGGCUCGUUGGGUAGUCAUGAGAAUUAGCUAAUGUUCCAUGAAAAGGUAAAUAUGAUGACUUUGCUUCAUCAGCUGGCUACAGAAUGGGGAAGGAAGAAUAAGGCUGCGAUAAUGUACAUAUGUAUGUAUACAUGCAUGCAUGUUUAUGUGAAAUUUCUUUCUCAUCUUUCCUUCGAGGAGCUCAAGGUAAUGCAUAUUGUGUGCUCACCAAGCCCCAUUUUAUCUUCCUUGUUGUGGGAUAAAUGAAUGAAAAUGAGUUUUAUUCUUAAGGAAGGUAUGGUGAGGAUGGCCAUGCCUGCCUUAAGACCGAUUCUGUGAACAAAGAGGUUCAAGGGGGGGCCUCUUUGCAGAACUGUUUAUCAGCGUGUUUUACUACCUGAGUUGUAAAUAUCAUACAGAUUUAUAGUUCAGAGGUGAGCCGAGAUAACAAGGAGAAAUAGUAGAUGAUAGUUUAAGCACUAGUACGCAUACUCAAAUGCUUCAUUAAUAUUAUAAAACACACCCCUAUUGUAAAAACCUGCUAAUUUGAAUGGACAUAGGAUAUAUGUUAUUGUUGGGGAUACCUGUUUUACAUGUUCAGUUUAGGAGCAGACAUGAUGUAGGCGGAUCGGGAAGCCUGUAAACUGCAAUUUCUUAACCAAUAGGAAUCGUAGUAGGGAUAUUGAACGGUCUUAGGGUAUAAAUUAUCUGUGAUGUGAACUGGAAUGUGCAAUCCCCUCUUUCCAGCAGGAGCUGCUGGAGGGGGGGAGUUCUUUGCCCACAGUACUGUCGACCCACAAUAAAUCUGCUUAUGUUUGAUCGUGGUGUAGACUCCUUCUUUCAGAGAGAAAUUUGAAUCCCUCUGGGAAAGAUCCCUGGGACAGAUUUGUCCAACACUUGUGAGGUAGGCUAGGUUGGUAGAUUGCAACUCGUCAGCUGGAAAUUCUUUGAAGGAGAAAGUGUGCUUUGAAGGUACAUUGUGUAUUCAGCGAUGGUCUGCUAUUCUUAACUUCUAUACCAAGCUGGAUCUAUGAUGUCAAGGGGCACGCUUCUGAGCACAUCUGCGUAGAAUUUCACCAUAUAGAUUGUAAAGUUCUUUGCAAGUGGGCAGUAGUAUGGUGGUGAUUAUUUAUAGUAACAAUACGCUAACCCUUCUAUUAUGUCAACUUUGAUGAAGAAGGAAGUGCAUCUUGAAAAUCGAUAAAAUACAUUUUAAAAAGGAGGAGGAGGUGUAUCAUAAUGAACCGCAAUUGUUCCUAAGCUAUUUCAAAUUGAAGCCGCAUAAGAAGGGGAAAAACCCUUUUUGGAUUUAUAAAUCUCUGUAAAUGCUUUUUUAAAAAGAAAUCUGCAAGCUGCAUUGCUAGAGACAAAUGGUUGCAAGGACAAGGCCUGCCUGUCUCCAGCAGGAGAUUGCAUGCAAAGCUUUAGAUCAAGAAAGGGCUGAAAAGUCUGUGGCCGCUUUUACAGGAGAAUAGAAAGAGCAAUCAAUCAAAGUUCUACAUGUUGCACCUCUUUUCCCUGUUGGAGUUUGGUAAAUAUAUUGGGGCAUGCUUGCAGAAAGAAAUAGUCUUGUAAAACCUUUGGGCUGAAGCGAUAAAGAAAACAUAAGAUUUAUUACUCAGGGUAAAUGUUAGCUCACACUUCAACUGACUUGAAUUACGUAAAUAAACUUGGAGGAGAACCAUUAAGCUGCCUAAACAGAACAUGUGGGGAGAAGCAAGCCAAUCUACCCAAACAUGGGUAGAUUUUUUAAUCUUAUCUCAGGGGUCAGCAACCUUUUCCAGCCGUCGGCCGGUCUACUGUCCCUCAGACUGUGGGGGGGGGGCCGGACUAUAUUUUUUUUGGGGGAAAUGAACGAAUUCCUAUGCCCCACAAAUAACCCAGAGAUGCAUUUUAAAUAAAAGGACACAUUCUACUCACGUAAAACACGCUGAUUCCCGGACCAUCCACGGGCCAGAUUGAGAAGGUGAUUGGGCCGCAUCUGGCCCCUGGGCCUUAGGUUGCCUACCCCUGACUUAUCUCAAUUGCUGAUUCAGUGGUAACCAUUCUUAAGACUUUCAGAGGCAGGCUGGGCUGUGACUGUUUGAUUAGCUAGCUUCAGCUGCCAGAACCACUGCCCAUUCUCUCGUCUGUUUCUUAAUUCAGGGAGAAGGAUCCAUGUUGGAAUUGCCUUGUCCCCAUUCUCACUUUUGAUAGGUUUCUGCAAGUGUUAAAUCUCUAUAAGCAUCCCAGUCUGCUACUUGACACCUUGCAAAUAAUAAGUGUGCCACUCUUGGCGCAUAUAAGACAAAAUGGGCAGAAAGCUGGAAAAGAAAAUCAGAAGUGAUAGAAAUAAAAGGAGCACUAGCAUGGAAGGCUAGUUGUGAAUAUAUCACAGAAAAUGAAUUAAGCUGGUAAGAAAGCAGAAGAAAGGAUCAGAAUGGAGUUAAUAUGAAUGUAGUCUUGCUUUGAAUUUUACAUGGGCAGUUACUUUUACAAGCUGAUAUUGUGAAGCAAUAUUGUGAUAAUGUUUUGGAUUGUGGAUCCCAUUGGUAACAUAAUUUCCAUGGUCACUUGUACAGUUGUAUCAUCUUUUUGCAGACUUUACACUUAAACGUGAACAACUUGACUAAUUUUGAAAACAAGUAUAGAAAAUGAUAAAAAUGACUAAAUUUGAAAACAAAUGUAGAAAAUGAUAAAAAUCCUAUGGGGACUGAAAACAACGCAUAGAGUUCUGUUAUUGGCCUCCAUUUUAUUCUGCAUCCAUAUUCAGAAGUCAGAAAUAAACCUUUCAAACUCCAUUUCCAUUAAUAGGUUUGAACUAGAAUUACUUCAUCCUGUGGUUUCCAGGAUUUCAGUGAAAAGGAAUUUCUGAAACUAUUCAGGCUAAUCUUCCUAGGGUACUUCCCUUAGGUUUUGAAUAAAACAUGAAACUUUUGUCUACUGUCACAUGCACUGUGGCAAUUAACUCCGGAGUAUCUAUUUCCCUAUUCAGAUCAAACAAGAAUUGCCCAAUCAGGAGCAAAAAUGCAAAGCACUUCGAAUUAUCUCUGGCUUCUCUCGGACAUUCUGGGACAAGGAGCUACUGCAAAUGUUUUUCGUGGACGACACAAGGUUUGUAUAGAGACGGAAGUUCUAGCUGUCUGCUGGAAAGGCUUUUAUACGAUCUUAAAGUAGUCUCUGUUGUCAUUGUAAAAUUAAAUGGGAUGGGUUUUUUUCUCUUAUGAAAUGAAUAUACAAUGAGCAGUGCAAAUUAUUGGAAAUACAGGAGGUAUGACUAAGAGUGUCUAAUUAUAAUACCCUUUUCCCAUGUAACUGCUUGGCUCAUGAAAUAUAAAAUAUUUAUCAUACUGUAGAGUAUAAGAAAAUCUUAGGGGAGAUAACUGAAAUCACAUCCCUUCUUAAUCUGAAGGUAAAGUGCUAGUUAGUAAUUAGCAAGUUAUUCACACUGGAACCUUUAGAAAAUGACAUUUAUUUCCUUUUUUUGUUUGGGUAUUGAAGUAACAGUGUUCAAUCCAACAUGGAAUGGAUUUUCUUUCCUCUGGAAGGGCCCCAAAUCCUUCAGAUUUUGGGGAAUAGGGAAGGGAAAUCCCAUUCUGCAAGUAGAAAUUUUAUUCACUCAUGUAUGGACACCCUUGGAUUCAACACAUGCAUUUUGAAGUUUUCUGUCAUCUUUCAUAGUUACCAAGUAUUUAAAAACAAGCACAACCAAACUUCCUUUCCCCACUUCUCUCUCUUUUUCCCUUCCCACAUGCCCCCCCCCCCAAAUCUUCUCUGGGUUUUUGCCCAAUCCUCCUGAGGAAAGGGGAUGCGGGUGGUGCUGUGGGUUAAACCACAGAGCCUAGGACUUGCCAAUCAGAAGGUUGGCGGUUCGAAUCCCCGCAAUGGGGUGAGCUCCCGUUGCUCGGUCCCUGCUCCUGCCAACCUAGCAGUUCGAAAGCAUGUCAAGUACAAGUAGAUAAAUAGGUAUCGCUCCGGCAGGAAGGUAAACGGCGUUUCCGUGCACUGCUCUGGUUCGCCAGAAGCGGCUUAGUCAUGCUGGCCACAUGACGCCAGCUCCCUUGGCCAAUAAAGUGAGAUGAGCGUCGCAACCCCAGAGUCGGUCACGACGGGACCUAAUAGUCAGGGGUCCCUUUACCUUUACCUGAGGAAAGAGAGCAGAGGUUCCAUUGUGGCCACAGAAAUUGUUCCAUGUGUGCCUUGAGUUUGUUGGAUACAACUCAAAGUGUAAACCCCUCCCCACAUUAUUUUUAAAGCAAACUCACACCCAUGUUUAUUCAGAAGUAAAUCCCACUGUGUUGAGGGUUUUUAUUUUAUUUUAUUCAUAUGCAUAGUAUGUUUUUAUAGUUUUGUAAUGAAUGCAGGAACAAGGUUUUUAUUCCCUAGUCAGUUGUGUGAAAUGCUUUUUCUUUCUUUUUUUAAAUACUCUCUAUUUGUUUUACAGAAAACAGGAGACUUGUAUGCCGUAAAAGUGUUCAAUAACUUUAGCUUCCUUCGUCCCGUGGAUGUUCAGAUGAGAGAGUUUGAAGUGUUGAAGAAAUUGAAUCACAAGAACAUUGUCAAAUUAUUUGCCAUAGAAGAAGAGGUAUUUUUUAAAAACUCUAUUGCUCUGGUAGCCUACUGAGCAUUGUCUUAUUAUUUUAUUUCGGGUUCCAGUGAUCAGAAUGCCUUUUCUUUGAUUUGAGGUUCACCGGGACAGUGUAUGAUUUCUGAUAUGUUUUUGAACAUUUAUGAAUGUGCCUUAGAACAGGUUGCAUUGCAAUAUUGCAUGUGAUGCGUAUAAUUAUGAAACACCUGUUUGAUUUUUAAUAAUGGCCCUUCUUUUUUAAAAGUCUUUCCUUAACGACUGCAUUCAGUACAGAAUAGAAUUGCUUUCAAAUAAUGCUUCCAAAUAAUGGUGUGGUAGACACACAUAAAGGAAUUCAUCCUUGAAGCUUUCCUUCUUAAAAUUGCUCGUCAUUCCUAAUAUCUGAUGGCAAUAACUAACACCAGUUUCAGAAAAACUUCCAAGAAAUGUGCAUAGUAUCAUUUGCUUUCUAAGGGGAAUCAAGUAUAUUCUGGGCAGCCGAAAAGACUGAACUUUUGAGUGGUGGAGAAAAGAACGGACAAAAAUCCUUGUUAGCAGUUUUCCAUUUCUUCUCUCUUUGAUUUUUAAAGACCAUAAGUUGUAAAUUACAUUGAUUUUAUCUCUGCUCAAGAGAAUUUUAUUUGCUUUUCUUUUUUAACCCAUAGGAAAGGAACUUACAUCUUUCUUCUUGACUAACUGGGGGUCUGGCUAAACUUUUUGGUAGUGAAGCUUUUUUGCUUUCUUUCUGGCACUGGGACUUGUUGCAUGUUAACUUGCAAACCUUUCUUGUUUUUCUAUUCUAGACAACAUCUAGACAUAAAGUCCUUGUUAUGGAAUUUUGCCCAUGUGGCAGUUUAUAUACAGUUUUAGAAGAGCCAGCUAAUGCCUACGGGUUGCCAGAAGCAGAAUUCUUAAUUGUAUUGAGAGAUGUUGGUAGGUGGAAAUUGUUUCCUUAUGUACUUUAAUGUCACAUAUUGGGCUUACCGUAUUUUUUGCUCUAUAAGACGCACUUCCCCCUCCUAAAAAGUAAGGGGAAAUGUGUGUGCGUCUUAUGGAGCGAAUGCAGGCGGGAGGCUCUGCUCAGCGCUCCCUUUAAAGAGCCGUGUGGAGCGUGUGUGCCGCUCUUGGGGACUUUUCCCCGAGGAGGGAGAAGGGCUGCCUUUCUCCCUCCUUGGGGAAAAGCCCCCAAGAGCCGCACACACGCUUCGCGUGCUCUUUAAAGGGAGCGCAGCUCUUGAGGGAGCCUUCCUCCUGCUGCCCGGGAGAGGCUGCGAGCGGCUAUCCCAUAAGCCAGGACAGCAAGAGGGAUCUGGCUUCUGGGAUUCAGAUUUUUUUUUUCUUGUUUUCCUCCUCCAGAAACUAUGUGUGUCUUAUGGUCUGGUGCGUCUUAUAGAGAGAAAAAUACAGUGCUUUGUUUAUGGCACUGUCUUCGAAUGCUUAGCCUAGUUUGAACGUGUUUGCAUGCAGAUACGGAACCAUAGGAUGGAUGCAAUCUCAUUUAAGUUUGGUUUUGACGCAUGCAGGUGUACUAAGCUACACAGGGUUAACUUUUGCUGUUAAAUGUACACAUGCCACUCCCAUCUACUAGACUGUGGAGUCGAUAAGCUAACUGGAAGUGGUCCUCCAAGAGUGCUCACGAUUCCUUCCGUUAAGGAAGGCUGGUGUGCCAGUCGCAUUCCUUUUUGGAGAAAACAGACUGGACCACAGUGACACAUAUCUUAGUUACAUCACGACUGGGCUACUGCAGUGCACUCUGCAUGGAGCUAUAGUAAUAAUAAUAAUAAUAAUAAUAAUAAUAAUAAUACUUUAUUAUUUAUACCCUGCCCAUCUGGCUGGGUUUCCCCAGCCACUCUGGGCGGCUUCCAACAGAAUAUUAAAAUACAAUAGUCUAUUAAACAUUAAAAGCUUCCCUAAACAGGGCUGCCUUCAGAUGUCUUCUAAAAGUCUGGUAGUUGUUCUUCUCUUUGACAUCUGGUGGGAGGGCGUUCCACAGGGCGGGUGCCACUACCGAGAAGGCCCUCUGCCUGGUUCCCUGUAACCUCACUUCUCGCAGUGAGGGAACCACCAGAAGAACCUUGGAGCUGGACCUCAGUGUCUGGGCAGAACGAUGGGGGUGGAGACGCUCCUUCAGGUAUACUGGACCAAGGCCGUUUAGGGCUUUAAAGGUCAGCACCAACACUUUGAAUUGUGCUCGGAAACGUACUUUUGAUCCAUGUUUGGAAUCUAAAGCUGGUCCAAAUGGGGCAGUUAGAACAUUGACUAUAGAACCAGCUAUCAGGAUCCUGCUAUUCAAUUGGUGCAUUUGUUUCAUUGACUUUUGGUCUGAUUCUAUGCCUUAUUCAAAGUUGCUGGUUAUCACCUUGGAAGCCCUAAGCGGGACUCCUUCCAUUCAUGCUGUGAUGCAGCAGAAGCUCUCACUGGAGAGAAGGAGUAGGGUGAUAUUUUUUGCUAAUUUCUCUUUGCCCAUGUGCCACACCGCAUGCUGUUCCCGAGCUUUCCCCGACCUUACGGGGCAGAUUUCCAACGGACUGCAGGGCAAAGGUGGGAAGGGAAUCAGUAGAAAUCACUCUCUCCUCCCUUGCUGCUUCUGGGAAGCGAAUGCUGAAAGUGGAACUCUGUUCAGUGGAACGCUCCUUUCAGUGGAAACUCAUUUAGAAUUUCAGCCGGGAUAUUUGCAUGCUUUCUUUCAGUGCUUAUAAAUACAGAUUUAGAGGAAUAAACCCAAUAAAAAAUAUAACUGUCUUUUAAAAUUUACAUACAUUUCUCUUCAUUUUCCCGUGCAUUUAAGUGGCUGGCAUGAACCACCUUCGUGAGAAUGGCAUAGUGCACCGUGACAUCAAGCCAGGCAAUAUCAUGCGAGUUAUAGGUGAAGAUGGUCAAUCUGUUUAUAAACUGACAGAUUUCGGGGCUGCUAGGGAGCUGGAUGAUGAUGAACAAUUUGUCUCCCUCUACGGUACAGAAGAAUACUUGGUAAACCUAGACACAUUUUAUUUUUUACUUAGCCUUAUUUGUGUAAUCUGUAAUCUGUUGAUACUUGGGGCAAACAUCUUAGCAACAGCCUGCAUGGCUGCUAGCAGAGUCUGAGUUGUGAAUUCAUUGAUCAGCAACAUAUUGUGAUGGAGAUGCGAGUGGGCGUCAGAGGAGGGAGGGAACAAAAGAGGGACAGAGGCCAGUUUUGUCCAUGGCACACAUUCAAAGGCACAUUCAAGGGUAAUGUCAGCCUUUAUUGAAUGUAACAAUUGGAAAGUUUGGACACUGUAAGGGUAUCAGGGGGUUGCUCGAGAGCAAUCAGGCAAAUGCCUCCCUGGUCUGUUGUAAAGCCUUGUUAUUGGUGCCAAAAAAACCUUCACCAGGCAGAGCACCUCUAUUCCGUGUCUUGCUCAUUCACUGGCAGAAUCUGAGAGUGGGCGGUCCUUAAACCUUCCCCAGCAAAGUAGUUUCUUGACGCCCAGUCUGUGCUUCCCCUCUCUGCGCGGAAGACUACUGUGCAAGGAGGGCGUGGGUAAUGGAGGACGUCUCUCCUCCCCUCUUUGCUCAGGCAAGGUGUCCUGGCACUGCCUUGCCUCCUCUGAGCCCUGAAGCUCCUCUCCACUGGAGGCGUGGUUACUCUCCUCUGCUGAGGAGGUGCUGCUUCCCAUGAUCUUUGAGGGCUCUCUGUAAUCCAUCUGGCUUUUCCCCUCUCGCCCCUGAGUCGAUGGCAGUUCCCUGACAGACACGUAGUACGUUGUGCCGCUUGCUGAUGAAGCAAUUUAUUCUAAUAUUGCUUCUCUUUGUUCCUUACUCCUUUAGCAUCCCGAUAUGUACGAACGAGCAGUAUUGAGAAAAGAACAUCAGAAAAAAUACGGGGCAACGGUUGAUUUGUGGAGCAUAGGGGUGACAUUUUACCACGCUGCAACUGGAAGUUUACCCUUUCGACCUUUCGAAGGGCCUCGUAGAAACAAGGAAGUGAUGUAGGUAAUUUAGAGGAAAUGCUUUAUCCACAGAUUAUGCUAUCAAAUAAAAAAUAGAAAACGAAUACGUAAGAAUUGAGGGAAUAAAAAUCUUGUGUGAUUUGGGUAAACUCUUGAAUACCUAACACUGGGUUUACAUGUACUGCCACUUCCUCAUUCUUUACCAGCUGUAGUGAAUUUGUUAAAUUAUUGUCAAAUUACUUUGCUUUUUUACAAGCAUGUAGAACUGGGGUUUUUUAUUCUAGUUGUGUUGAGAGCAGAUUUGAUUUGGCAUCUUCCUCAAAGCAUGAGAACUGUGUUUGGAAUAUAUGUGUUAAUACCCUGUAGGAAAUAACUUGCUAGAAGCCACAUGGGCAACGUAGAGAGUGCGCUUAUGCUUCAGCCCUGCUUGUCGGUUUUCCACAGGCAUUUGGUUGGCCACUGUGAGAACAGGAUGCUGGACUGAAUAGGCCAUUGGCCUGAUCCAGCAGGCAAGCUCUCCUUAUAUUCUUACCUUGUUUCCAAAGUUGUGGCCAUCAAUUAAAAGAAGACAACUUAGGGCAGAUCCACUUAGUAGCAUCCCAAGUGGUAGUAGUUCCUGGCUUGGUGCAGACUGUUGCAGAAGAGAUAGCAGGAGACUUUGUAAAACAUGGACAUAGCACAAGUGUGUCUCCUGAGAUGCUAUAUUAGACCUUGUUGCAAACGUAAGCGCACCAAGGAUUUCAGUUCUCUUUUGUCCCGUAAUAAUCUUCCACCAACUUGUGGAUUGGGCCUUCCCCUCACCCCUAGAUCCAACCCAUACAUUCAGCUUCCAGAUCCCUCUUGCUGUUCUGGCUUCUGGGAUUCAGAAUAUUUUUCUUCUUGUUUUCCUCCUCCAAAAACUAGGUGUGUCUUAUGGUCUGGUGCGUCUUAUAGAGCGAAAAAUACGGUGCGCAUUAUCGUGUCUUUUAGUAUGAGAGAGAAUAUGGUAAAUCAUUAGCCAUGUCUGCAAAUUGAACUGCUUUGAGUUCCAACUCGCUUUAGCAAGUUAGAGAAAGCAAGCCAAUGGAUUGGAGCCAGAGUUCUGCUUAGGGGAACUCGGCUUAAGGGAUGCUCCUGUUGGAGUAUGCUUUUCUUGCUGAGUCUUCCUUCCUUAUGUACCACCUAGUAAGCUGCUCCAUAGGGUUAGAGGGCUCUGUGGAAAAGUGAGGGAGGUGUCAUUAGGGACUGCCUGGGGAAGAAUGACCUUGCAAAAAUUUAUCAGGAAAGACACAAGCUUUCUUCAUCCACAAUUUUUAAUGAAAUACUUCUGUUUGUUUUACACAGAUACUAUACCUCUAGUCCAAUAAUCAUGUAUCAUCAUUAUUAUUUAAAUGCUAAUGAUUGGUUGCUGUUUCUAAUAACUAAUAGUUCUGGUUCUGGAGGCAUGUUCUAUUCCUCCCCCCCCCCCCCCAAAUAUGAAUUUGUCUCAGAUCUUUAUACAACAUAAGUUACUUCACAUUCCUGAGAAAAGAUUCUGGAAAACUCUUGUGCGUUGGAAAUGUGCCUGUUAACACAGUGUUAACUGAGCAGUAAUCUGGUCCAAGGUCACAAACAGAUAAUUCCUAUUAAGAUUAUGAUUAAGCUUUUAAAGAAAUUCUUAUGUUUUCAAAUGACUGCACUUUACCUUUUAAUAUCCCAAAGGUAUAAAAUUAUAACUGGAAAGCUUUCCGGUGCAAUAUCUGGAGUACAAAAAGCAGAAAAUGGCCCCAUUGAAUGGAGUCGUGACAUGCCUGUUUCCUGCAGUCUUUCAAAGUAAGUUCAUCAAAUUGCUGACUCACUUAAGUAAUUGGAUGCUGAGUGUAUUUUCUCCCUCUGCUUUCCUUAGCUGAUAUCAGACGUAUUUCACUUCAUUUGUGUUGGUAUUGGAAACCAUUUUUGUGCAUAUAGAACGUUUGCUUUCCCACACAUGCUAUUUUAUUGCCACUGUUUUAUUGCCCAAGGUUGUUAUUUAGAAAGGUACCAUGAUCACUGCAGAUGGAGAAAAGCAGUGACAAACCUAGACAGCAUCUUAAAAAGCAGAGACAUCACCUUGCCAACAAAAGUCCGUAUAGUAAAAGCUAUGGUUUUCCCAGUAGUGAUGUAUGGAAGUGAAAGCUGGACCAUAAAGAAGGCUGAUCGCCAAAGAAUUGAUGCUUUUGAAUUAUGGUGCUGGAGGAGACUCUUGAGAGUCCCAUGGACUGCAAGAAGAUCAAACCUCUCCAUUCUUAAGGAAAUCAGCCCUGAGUGCUCACUGGAAGGACAGAUCCUGAAGCUGAGGCUCCAAUACUUUGGCCACCUCAUGAGAAGAGAAGACUCCCUGGAAAAGACCCUGAUGUUGGGAAAGAUGGAGGGUACAAGGAGAAGGGGAUGACAGAGGAUGAGAUGGUUGGAUAGUGUUCUUGAAGCUACCAACAUGAGCUUGACCAAACUGUGGGAGGCAGUGGAAGACAGGAGUGCCUGGCGUGCUCUGGUCUAUGGGGUCACGAAGAGUCGGACACGACUAAACGACUAAACAACAACAACAUUAGAGCUCAGGCAAAUUGGUGUAGGUGAAACAUAGAUGUAAAGAAGAAGAGGAGUUUGGAUUUGAUACCCAGCUUUAUCACUACCCUAAGGGGUUUCAAAGAAGAUGCUAGCACUGAGCAAGGGGUUUGGACUAGGUCACCUCCAAUAACUCUUUCAACUUCAUGAUCCUGAUACCAUAUCUCUCUUUCAUGUUGCUGCUAAGGAUGCUAAGAAACAACUUCUUCUUGGAAACCCAAGGUUUUGGGGCUUUUUGUUCAUUAUGCUUCAGUUGUUGAUGAUAUAUCACUGCCCCAACUUGGAGCAUGGUUAGACUCAAUAUGUCUGGCAGUAACCAUGGUUCAUUGCUUUAAUCCUGGUUAAGAUCCUAACUAGUGAAGCCAAGGUUCUGAUUGUACAGCUGAAGUCUCUUUUUUCUAGCUUAGGAGCUGGGGAAACAGCUGUAACCAUCUGUGCCUUAUAAGGUACAGAUGAAAUGCUUAAAUCAGCACAAACUGUGGCUUGCAAACCAUAGUUUCACAUCCUGGCUUGUGGCCCAUCCUCAUUCAUGGUUCAGCUAUUUAGUUGCAACACUUAACCAGGAAAGCAAAAUGUAUGGUCCACGUAGAGUUUUAUUUGGAAGCUAAACCCAUGAAUUUCAAUAGAACUUGCUUUCAAAUAAGUGCCCUAAGGUUUGCUGCCUUAGAAUUAUAGUUUGUUUUCACAUUUGAAUCUGCUGGUGGAUUUCCUUUUCUUUUCUGCCUUUGGGUUGUCGCUGCAUAUUCUGCAAUACAUUGCUCCCCCCUAUUAAAUUACUAUGAGAAAUUCCAGAAAUGAUGUACCCAAGUGAAGAAUAUUCUGUUGCAGUAUAGGUGCAAAUGCAUUUCAUGCAUGAAUCCUGCAGUAUAAUAUAGUAUGAUGGGCAUGUGUUCGGCAAACGUCUCUCUUGUUGCUGCCACCAACUGUCCCACCACUAACAAAAAAUAGUUGACACCCUUCGCACUGUACAAAAUACUGAUUAAUUAGAUGAUCUUUACCUAGCAAGCGUUGAGGAAAUAUCUCAGUGGGUAAUGUCUUCCCUGCUUCAUAGAGGAUAUGAGUAAUCAUUGACCAGUCGGAUCCUAGGCAAGGCAGCCUAGAGAGUUUUAUGCUGUUGGCAGUGCUGUUAUACAUACACAAAAACCAGCAGAUUCAAGAGUGGGCAGAAGGAAAAGAAGGAAUGUCGUACUUACUCAGAAUUAAAAACAAAUGUGUUUAUUUUUCUAUUUUAGGGGCCUGCAAGUACUACUCACACCCGUCCUUGCAAAUAUUCUUGAAGCAGAUCAAGAGAAGUGUUGGGGAUUUGAUCAGUUUUUUGCAGAGACGAGCGAUAUACUCCACCGAAUAAUUAUUCAUGUUUUCUCUCUGCAACAAAUGACUGCACACAAAAUUUAUAUUCACAUCCAUAAUAAGUAAGUAUUUCAGCAUUUUCAUAUCUUUAUUCUUACGUGACAUUUCAAACUGAUAGGAUCAGGUUACCUCUGAAUAGAACAGUUUUGCUUAUUAACUCUGAAUUCUUUCUCCUUUCACUAUGUCUUUAUUACUGCAUUAGGAGCCAUUUUUAAAAUGUAAUUUUUCUUCUUCUUUUUAAACAGUGCUGCCAUGUUUCAUGAUUUGGUCUACAAACAGACAAAAAUAGCUUCAGUUAAUCAAGAACUGAUAUAUGAAGGCCGGCGUUUAGUCCUAGAGCCCAGCAGAUUGGCACAAUCUUUCCCCAGAACCACUGAAGAAAAUCCCAUAAUCGUCGUGAGCAGGGAGCCUGUGAAAAUCACAGGAUUACUCUAUGACGAAAGUAUGAUGGAGUCUCUUGUUUUUUUCUUUUCUUUUUUAAUGGCUGACUUAUUUGAACUGAAUUGUUAUUACUUGAUUUUAUUAUUAUUAUUUUAAACACGUUACUUUGUUGGAUCCUGUUUCGAACAUCAGCCCCCUAUGUGACCAGAUAAGUUACUUUUUAAAAAACUGUGAGCAAGUAAUUGGUUUGCUGUCCUGGAAAAUCAUGUGAGGAAGGGUGGAAUGGAAAUUGUAAGAAAUAAAGCAAUCCUAAUUAUAAUUUUUCUUUUAUAUUCUGAAUUUGUUUGAGUACUAUUUGCUUAUUUUUAAAAAAAUACUUCUGUUCUAGUUCUGCUUCCAAAGGUCCAUCAACGUUAUGACUUAGAUACUGAUGCAAGCAUGGCAAAAGUGAGUAUCUCUUCAUAAUUGUGUCAUGGAACCAUUUCCUAGAAGGGAAAUACAUGUAUUGGUACUGAACUUGGAUAUGGCAGAACACCCGAUAAGCCCCUGUUCUAGAUGGAGUCUCCCCUUCAGCCCAAAUAUUCUACCCCAACUUUAAUAUACAGUAUCCUGCCUACCAGGUAGUAUCUUGAGUUCCUUGCUGCCUUUGUUACCCUUUGUCCCAGCCCAAUAUCCCAAAAUAUCUAAAGAGUAUGUGCUCCUUUUGCACCUCACAGAUGUCUAGGAAGUCCAAACUGUAAAACUAAAGUUUAGAAACCUCAAACUUUAAUUCUGUCUUGGUGAUAAGUAUGUUGCUCAGUAUUCCCACCUGCCUCAACGUACAACCUUUUCAUGAUUUAGCUUCCUAAAAAUAUGCUUCUUUUACUCCUACAGUUUUAUCACAGUCUGUUUGCUUGUGACAAACUGUAGUGUAUGCUGCUCACACCUUUCUUUGGUCUUCCAGGCAGUUACAGGGGUUGUUUGUUACGCCUGCAGAGUUGCCCAUGCUUUACUGCUGUACCAGGAACUGAUGCGGAAGGGAAUCAGAUGGUUAAUGUAAGUGGCGCUGUGAUUUGCUUGAUCGGGCAGAGUGAAUCAUUUCUCUGGCACUUAGUGACCCCGGGUAUUCCAAGUGCCAGUUACAAAGGUGGAAAGCCCCAGAGAGAUCUCUGCCCAACAACUGCCAUGCACAUCCAGCUAUAGACAAACCUGAGCUGUAAUAGAACUGCUGUAUUUUUUGCUGCAUAAGACGCACCUGACCAUAAGACACACCUAGCUUUUAGAGGAGGAUAGGGGGAAAGCCCUGUUUUCGGGGGGAUCAGCUCACAGUUGUGCAGCUUCUUUUGCAAAGGGGAAAAGCCCCCUUUUUUGAGGAUCAGCUCAAAGUGGUUGCGCUUACUUUGCAAUGGGAAAAAAUCCUGUUUUUAUGGGGUUCAACUCACAGUUCUGCAGCUUCUUUAGGAAAGGAAAGGGAGCCGUUUCUACAGUUUCCAGACAGAUAAUCUAAUCAGCCAGUCACAUGUCGCUGGGGAAACAAACAGCCUCUGUCUACAGAACAUUCAACAAUGGAGUCCUGGGCAAGGGGGCAGGGCCAGAAAGGGAGCCAGCGAUCAACCACACAUUCGCUCCAUAAGACGCACGGACAUUUCCCCUUAUUUUUAGGAGGAAAAAAGUGUGUCUUAUGGAGCGAAAAAUACGGUGUAUCCUUUGGUGCUGCAUAGGAGGUAGUUACAGCUUGACAGGCUUUCCUGUUCCUUGCAGUAAACUAUUAACUUAAGUUUCUGUUAAUCAUCAAAUUCCAUCUACAAAUGCAAUUCUUGUAUGCAGGCUGAUGGCGUUCUAAGCUUGUUUACUCAGAAGAGGACUAUCGCCCGAUUAAAAGUACUUAGAAUUGUGGCCUUUGUUUACAUGCAGCUGCCAUUUUGCAUGGAGGUUCCGUUCCCGGCUCCCCUGCAUACCAGCAGACCACGCCCUGCCCCAUUAUGCCCCAUUCUGUCUCCGUUCUGCCCUCUCCUGGGUCCAAAAGGACCUGCAGGUCGGCAAUCGUGCCAAAAAUGGUCACCACCUGUUCUUAGAAUAUAGUACCUUUUCAGGAAUAAGUUGAUGUUCAUUACUUAUCACUUACUUCAUUUAUGAAUCAUUUCCUAUGAGGCAUACUGAAAUGAUUUACAAUAUACAGGGCUACCUCAGUUUUCAAAUGUAAUCCAUUGUGGAAGACCGUUCGACUUCCGAAACGUUCAAAAACUGAGGCGCAAAGGGCAGCCUGCAAAUUCAAUAGAGAAAAUUGAAAAAAACUCAGCGGAAGCCGUUUGACUUCCGAGGCGUGUUUGAAAACGGAAGCAUUUACUUCCGGGUUUCCGGCGUUUGAAACGUACCACUGUAAUAACAUAUAAAAACAGUUAAGACAACCAACAAGACAUUGAGUGAUGCAUAUUUAUUUUCCAUGGGUUGGUGGGAGUGUGUCAAUUUUUAUAUAGAGCAGACGUUUUCUAUUGUAGCACACGGCUAGCAUAUCCGGUAUUUUUCAUAUCUGUGCUGACGCAGUUGGUCUUCAUUCUAGCGAAAUAAUCAAAGAGGAUUACAAUGAAACGUUACACAAAAAGACAGAGGUGGUUAUCAAGCUGGAAUUUUGCAACAGAAACAUAGAAAAAGCUGGGGAAAUGUGAGUAUAUAAAUGCUCUUUUUUAGAACGAAUGCUGCAUGCUGUGAAGGUCUGCAUUUCUCAUGUCAUUGGAUAAUAUCCAGUCUUAGUCUUGUUGAACAAUGAUGGGCAUUUGCUACAGAAUGCCUCCAGCCUGCUCACUGGCUGAUUUUGGGCAGUCACUUAAUCUAACCUACCUCGCAAGGUUGUUGUAGGGAUACGGGGGGUGGGCAAAGCAUGUAUGCCAGCUUGAGCUCCUUGGAAGAAAGGUGGGGUAUAAAUAUAAAACAUAAAUAAAAUAAUUUUUGUUACCCUAAAAUGUAGGUUAACUACAUAAACUACUUUUAACUAGCCUUCAGCAAAACUGCUUUCAAGGUCUACAGAAAUAUCUCCACGCACAUUUAGUGCUCAAUUGUAUACCCAGGUCUCCCUAUUUCAGGUGUUUGUGGAUGUACUGUUCUGUUGGAUCCAGAAUAAUUGUUUUUAUUUUAUUUUGGCAUAUCACCAAAUAGGGUUUUUUAUUUUUAUUGUUAACAAUUACUUGAUCAUGCUAAACAGAUCUGUGGGCCGUUGUACGUAGGUUGACUUUGUGUGUCUUGUCUUCUGGCGAACAGAUAUCAAAAUAUGUAUCAAAACAACCUGGCACCGUCAGAAGUGGAUGAAAUUUCAGACAUACACUCCAAGCUGUUACGGGUAAGCAUAUUAACAUUGCAGCAUUACAGUACUUGAAAUAAGGGUGUACUGCAAAUUCCUGGUAUGUUUAGUGUUUUCCUGUAAAGGAAAACCACUUUUUUUUUUAGCAUGUUUGUUGAGCAUGUUCAUUAGCUGAUGGUAUUUUCUUCAUAUGAAUCUAUUUAGUGUAUGUGUUAUUUCUUUCCAAUUUGGAUGUGGAGAGAUGUGAACAGUCGUGGGGAAAUCGCUCAAAUUUCUGGCUUGAUAUUUGUGUGUGUGUGUGUGUGUAGAAGUGGCAUACGGCAGAAUUCUUGUGGGGAAAAUAGCGAGCCAUGCUUUUUUCACAUGCAUGGGUGUUCGCAUGAAGAAACACGUCCGCCAAAUGUGAUGCUGAAGCAGUUGCACAACAGCACUGCAGGGAGAUCAAACUAAUACAGGUGUUGAGCAUUAAUGUGCUAGUGAAAUAUUCCAGUAAAGUUUAUCGCACACCCUAAAAGCAAAAAUAAAAAGAUCUCUUUCAAUGUAGAUGACUUUCUAUUUUUGUGUCAAUGGUGUUUUGUGUAUAUUUUCAGUGACAGCAAUGUAGGGAUGUUGCCUGUAAGCACAGAUUCUUAGCAGCCAAUAGAAAGUCUCUCUUUCCUCCAAUGCAAGGAUGCUUAAAGUAUGUUAAGGUGGACGUCUGUAAAUUCUAGGAAAUGUGGCUUGGCUUGCUGCUAUUAUGAGGUGUUGCAGGUUUCUGGCCAAUUUUCUGUCAUUGAGACAUUUUCAGCUAUUCUAAAGUAACCAGGGUUUCUUUCUUUCUAUAUAUACAGUCAUACCUCAGGUUGUGAUCGCUGUGGGUUGCGCGUUUUUGGGUUACGGACGCACCGAACCCAGAAGUUCCAGAACGGGUUACUUCUGGGUUUCGGUGCAUGCGCAGAAGCGCCAAAUCGUUCUUUGCGCAUGCGCAGAAGCGCCAAAUCGCAUCAUGCACUUGCGCAGACGCGGCGCUGCGGGUUGUGAACAUGCCUCCCGCAUGGAUCACGUUCGCAACCCAAGGUUCCACUUUUUUUAUUAUUUAUUUUCCAUUUAAUUAUAUACAUUCACAUCAUCAUUUAUAUACAUUCACAUCAUCAUUAUCCACUUUACUGCCCUGGCUCUUUAGAGCCUAUUGACUUCCUUCCCUCCUGCCUCAUGGCUUUCAAAAUUAACCUUUAUAUCAUUGCAUUUUGUACAUUUUCCAGUUCUAAUUGCACUCAUUACAAAAUGACUCAAAAUUUAAAUAAAUAAAGGUAGAAAAUUUCUCAUUACAAGUCUUCAGACAACCCUGCUAGUGAUGUUAAUUGCUUGCAAUAAUCUUUCAAAUAUUGUCUAAAUUUACUCCAGUCCUUUUGGAAUACUUGAUCAUGCUGGUUUCGGAUUUUUCCUGUCAGCUUUGCCAGUUCUGCAAAGUCCAUCAUUUUCAUCUGCCACUCUUAUUUCAUUGGUACUUCUUGUUGUUUCCAUUUUGGGGCUAAAAGAAUUCUUGCCACAGUUGUUGCAUACAUAAACAAUCUUUUAUCUUAUAUUUAUAAAAGAUAAAAAGGUUUCUUUCUAUAUAUGUUCCAAAACUCAGCUUUCAGCAAAUUUUUGCUGGGUAAAGCUGAAUUUCUUGCAUUCGUUCAGCUUUCAAGUUCGCGGGGAACAAUAGAGAGCAGUCUUCAGGAUAUCAAAAGCAAACUCUGUCCGAAUGGCCUGCUGUCUGAUGGCUGGACCAACCAGGAAGGCACGCACCCGAAGGACAGAAAGUGAGUGGCAUUUCCACGUAAAGUUCUUACUGUGCUUCGUUUUCAAGUUCAUGCAUACUGGCAUGUGUUAAAUGAUUUAUAUCUUUACUUUUUGUCUCCUAGCCCAGAAAGGUUGCAAGUCCUACUGAGUUCCAUUACAGAAAUUUAUUAUCAGUUCAAAAAAGACAAAGCAGAACGCCGUAAGUAAUUUUAGUUUAUAUUUAGCUGAGUUAAGUUAUGAGGUACUGCAGAUUUGCCUCUUUACCACCUGAGGUGUAUAUUUUUUAAGAACCAUCCUAUUUUUUGUGACUGUAAGUUGUGAUUGUAAACCAUUUUUAAUGUUGCGUUUAUUUUAAAUUGUCAUACUUUAGGCUUAGGGUGAAGGGUGGGUAAUAAAUUAAAAUAAUAGUAAUAAUAAGUAAUAGUAAUAACCAGUGCUUUUUUCCUGGAGGGCCACAUGGGUACACAUACCCCUAAACAUUUCGUGAAUCUAAGUUUGGCCUCAUUGAAGGGCAGUAUUUCAAUAUGAGUAGGAAAAUGAGAGUACCCUUAAACAUUAUUAUUUUUUUAGAAAAAAGCCCUGGUAAUAAUAAUGUUCAAAGUUAAAAUGAUCAUGGCUAAGUAUAUGUGUACAGUCGUACCUUGGAAGUCGAACAGAAUCUGUCCCAGAAGUCUCUUUGACUUCCAAAAUGUUCAGGAACAAAAGCGCUGCUUCUCAUUGGCUGCAGGAAGCUCCUGCAUCCAAUCGGAAGCCCCGUCAGACAUUUGGGUUCCAAAGAAUGUUCGCAAACCGGAACACUCACUUCUGGGUUUGUGGCAUUUGGGAUCCAAGGUACGACUGUAUUUGACUUGAUGGGGGGUCAUCGAUUAUAAAAUCAAUUUGUGUUUCAAACGGUGAGUAGAGAAAGCAAUUCUGAUCUGCCACUCUGCUGCCCAGAGGCUCAUUUGUUCCCAUGCAGGUCCUCCCUGUUUCUCACUGGGUCUCCUUCCCUCCCCGCCCACUGACGUUUGGCUUGAAAUAAUCAUUCUUCUGUAGGCAGUAGGAUUCAUUGGGGUCCUUGUGUCCACACACAGACAGCUUCUCCAGUUUGCCCGUGUGCCCUAGAACCCAAAAAGCUUCACAACCCCCUGAGCAUUACUUUUGCUAUCCGAUUUCAUUUUAUUCAUUUAUUUUCUUUAGGACUUCCAUAUAAUGAGGAACAAAUCCACAAAUUCGACAAGUAAGUCUCUUUUUAAAAUUCUAUAAAUAUUUUGGGUGAGGUCCAGCAUCCCACCAGUGGACACAAAAUGACAAAAUAAAAAAACAACAUGUGAUUUUCUAUAUGUGGGAUUCCUCUACUAUAAUAAUAAUAAUAAUAAUUAUUUAUUUAUACUCCGCCUAUCUGGCUGGGUUUCCUCAGCCACUCUGGGUGGCUCCCAACAGAAUAUUAAAAACAUGAUAAAACAUCAAACAUUGAAAAUUUCCCUAAAUAGGGCUGCCUUCAAAUGUCUUCUAAAAGUCAGAUAGUUGUUUAUUUCCUUGACAUCUGAUGGGAGGGCGUUCCACAGGACGGGUGCCACUACCGAGAAGGCCCUCUGCCUGGUUCCCUGUAACCUCACUUCUCGCAGUGAGGGAACCACCAGAAGAACCUUGGAGCUGGACCUCAGUGUCUGGGCAGAACAGUGGGGUGGAGACACUCCUUCAGGUACACUGGACCAAGGCCAUUUAGGGCUUUAAAGGUCAGCACCAACAUUUUGAAUUGUGUGCUCUACUGUGUACUCUUUAUACAACAUUCUCCCUCUUUGGAGUGCAGAGAUACUGUUUUUAAGGUCCAGGAUUGUGAGGAAUGGAAUAUUUGGGAGCAAUAUGACAGUAUGGUUCUUAUUUCUGUGCUGCAGGCAGAAGCUUUUUCUACAUGCUACAAAAGCCAUGACCUUGUUCAAGGAAGAAUGCGUCACCAAGUACGAAGUUUUCUUUGACAAGGCAGAGGACUGGAUGAGGCAAGAUUUUUUGUUUUGUGUAUCAUUGGACUCUCUCUACAAGAGCAAGUCAUAGUGACACAAAAACAUGAUUUUAAAACUGGUUUUCCUUUUCAGGAAGAUGCUUCUUUUAAGAAAGCAGCUAAUGAAUCUCAGAAAACUCUGCUUCGAUAUUGAGGAAGAGGUGUCAAAAUAUCAGGACUAUGUAAAUGAUGUAAGUGUUCUCCUUAAUUACAGUCAUAGCUUGGUUUUCAAACAGUUUAGUUCUCUAACGUUUUGGCUCGCGAAUGCCGCAAACCCAGAAGUGACUUCCUGUUUGCAAACUAUUUUUGGAAGCCAAAUGUCCGACGUGGCUUCCAUGGCUUCCGAUUGGCUGCAGGAGCUUCCUGCAGCCAAUCAGAAGCCGCACUUUGGUUUCCAAACAUUAUGAAAGUUGAAUGGACUUCCGGAAUGGAUUCCGUUUGACUUCCAAGAUAAGACUAUCAGUAUUUUAAAGAGGGAUAGUCAAAAGAGGAAUAAGUGCUUUGCAGAAAUUCGUAAUAACGUGCACAGAUUUUCCCCUUCAAUUUUAUUGCAUACACAUGGUCUCCCAACAUUGCUCCAUUAACACUGUAAUCCUAUGCAUGCUUAUUCAGAAUUAGCCCUAUGGAGUACAGUGGAGCUUGCUCCCGGGUAAGUGUGCAUAGGAUUGCAAUAUAAAAUUACUAGAGCUCAGUGGUUGUCUUACUGUGAGAAAUGUAUUAAGGAAGAGAACAAUUAUCAUAAACAUUUCAAUUUAGAAAAGAUUGACUCCAUUCCAGAUGUACCAAGCAAUUUCUGCUGCCAGCUUUGAUCAUCUGUGGACAGGGGGAAGAUUGCUUGGAGUUCAUUGAAAUUAGGCUCUAGGGCAGUGGUUCUCAACCUGUGGGUCCCCAGAUGUUGUUGGACUACAACUCCCAUCAUCCCUGAGCUCUGGCCUUGCUAGCUAGGGGUGAUGGGAGUUGUAAUUCAACAACAUGUGGGGACCCACAGGUUGAGAAAGGCUGCUCUAGGGCCACAGGCCUCCCAUCCCUAACAUAUAAGAUCUCUUUCCAAAAAAACAUUGUCCCUCUCCCCCUUUUUAUUAAGUCCACCAGUGGAGCAUUGAAAAGCUAGACAGGAUUUAUUUGCCGCAGAAUCCAGAACAAUUCACUCUCUUUGAUAACCAGAAUGCCCAAAACUUCCCAAUUCUUUAGAUCUUUAAAAAAGCUUCGAGAACAAGAGGAAAAUUAACAUUGUAUAGGUAAUCCUUCUGAUAUGUUAUUUUUGUGCCUAAAUACCUUCCCAGUUUAGAUAGCCAGCUAAUAGAACUCCUUUUUAGUGCAGUCUUCACAGUUCCAUAAAUUCUGUUUUGUUAACAUUAGACUUACUGUACAUCUGGAAAACUUACUAAAUAGAGUUAUGCAACUACAGACUUCAGGAAUUGACUAAUGAGGGUCCCACAGUGCUGUCAGGGUAGCACUGUUAGUCAAGGUGGGGUGAAGGGGGAGGCGCAGUUGGUCUUCUUAAGUCUCUUGGGAGCAAGAGCUCAUGCUCUUUUCAACUCUUGGGUACCAAAUGUCAUCCCUUGAAUCCAGUGAGUAUUUAUCAGAAAUAUGUCUCCUGUUUUUUUCUUAUUAAGAUGGGCUUUGUGUAUUUUAUUACAGUUACAAGAAAAUUUGCCCCAUAAGAUGUUUGCGGCUUCCGGUGGGAUCAAACAUACAAUUAACCCAGUUUAUCCAAGUUCAAACACUUUGGUAGAAAUGACUCUUGGGUAAGAAUUUCUCACCUGGAUGAAUGCAAUGCUUUUUAACCUGCUUUUCACAGAACUACUUAAAAAUGCCAAGCUUUUGUUAAGAUUGUUAUUUUUUUAUUAUUUGAACCCCACCCAUAUGACUGGAUUGCCCUAGCCACUCUGGGCAUAGUCACAUUUGAAUGUUGACACCAAGCUUUAUUAGUUGUUUUUUUAACCCAGGGGUGGCUAAUCUGUGCCCUUCCAGAUGUUGUAGUCCAACUCCCAUCAUCCCUGACCAUUGCACUGUUGGCUAUUUGCAGUUUAGUUGUGCUGCAGAAAGCUUGCUGGGGAGACCACGCAUUACAAGGAACUCAAAAAUAACUUUAACAAGGUUUUAAUAACAAAAACAAAAACUCCUUUUACAUUAAAUAUAUCAACAAGCAUGAGCCACCCAUCCCCCGGGGUGCUGAGAGAGUUAGGUGCUGCUCUUUAUAUACUAUACCCAAUUGCUGACACAGCUUAAUUAACACAACUUAGCAGCACCUGCUAUACUGUUUCACAGCUGUAAAACUGGGUCUCGUUAUUUGCUCUGGCCCUUAAAGACAUACACAUCUUGUGGAACAAUAAUGAACCUUCACAUUUAAAGAGACCAUUCAACAUGCACAUGCUGGCUGAGGCUGAAGGUACUAGUGGUCAAGCAACAUCUGGAGGACCAAGAUGGCAUAGUUCUAGAAACAGUAUUGCCAUGCCACAUUUGUGUUUCUUAUUCUUGUGCCAGCUGUUCUUAUGGUGCUGCCAUCACUAGCCCUAUUUGGUGUGUUUUUUAAAAUCCUUCAUGGAGUAAGAAUCGCAUAAAGUAGAGUAGGGACAAGGGCAGUUGUUUCCUUCCUCUCCCUCUUCUCCAAACAUCUGCCAUGGGGAGGCUUUCCUACUCAUGUAAGCAGUGUUGGAAAAGCCCCGGGGCCGCCUGCAAGCCCAUGGAAUUCCAAGCGUCCUCUGAUGUGUGCAGCACUGGAAAAGGCAUCUCCCUCCUUCUCCAGGGCGCUCCAGCAACAUAUAUCAGCUUGAUAUAUGCACACUAAUCUUCUGGCAUAACACAGUAAGAAGAGUGAGACAUCGUAGAUCUAAUCUACGAUUUAUUUACAUGCUAUAUACAGACUACAGCAUAAUGGUAUCUGUUCUCUCCAGUUCUGAGAGAACGACAAAAAUGAAAGUACAUUACAAAGUACAUACAGAGGAAGAGAGAUAAGGCUGUCUUCCGUUCCCACAGUCUUCUCAGACAGGCGUGUUAUUCACACCAGUUACAUCUGCAGCAUCGGCUGCAUGAAAUACUAACAGUUGGCAGGGUGGAUUUGAUUUAAAUCAUUUUUUUAACAGAAAGACCCAUUCUUGCUGGUAUGAUAUUAAUAUUUACAACCAGAUGAAGGUUUUAUUUUUGUAAUAAUAAAUUUCCAGAGUAGUUUUUUCAGUUAUAUCAAAAAUUACUGAUUUGGUUAUACAAUUAGAAAUACAUAUAGACAGAUAAUUAUGGAAAUAUUGUGAGGUUUAAUAAGUUAACUGUUUAUAUUUGGACAACUUUUCUGCUGUACUUUAUUGGAAGGAGGAAAAUAAUCAUUUCCUUAAUAACAAUAACAUUAUAGCAUAUAUAUCUAUGUUUGUUAACUGAUGUGGUUAAACAAUUAAAAAAAAAACUUAGACUGAGUUUUAGCACACAUUAAAAACUUAAAACAAAUCCUUAUUUCCUGAUGAAUAGCCUUUGGACUAUAAUGUAACUUAAAUAGAAAACUAUCUUUACAAAGAUUUUCCCUCCAAAAGUAUUUUAUUUUAAAAAUCCAAUUUACAUUUUAAAAAAUUGAUUUAUUUUUUUAAAAACCACUUUAAAAAUCAUUGAUUUUUAUCCUCCCUGCAUGUAGGCUCCUCAUGUGAUUUAGAACCCUGGAAGAGCCUAGUAGUCAGUGAGCCGAGCUGAAAGUUCCUCUUUAAAUAGUCGUCCUCUUUAAAUAGUCAUUAUACACAGUUUGGGUGUCUUUUUGAAAAAUCUGUUUCACUUCCAGUUUCCUUACAUUAAAGAAAUAGCCAGUAGUUUUAUAAAGAUUUUAAACUGAGAAUUAAGCACUGUGCAUUUCUUUUCUUUCUUUCUUUUAAACUUUCAGCAUGAAGAAACUGAAAGAAGAAAUGGAAGGUGUCGUUAAAGAAUUAGCCGAGAAUAAUCACCUUUUGGAAAGGUAAGUGGGGGUUUUAAGGAACUUAGUUUGGCAGCAAGCAUAUACGGUGAACAUGUAGCUGUGCAUCUCUUUUGAGAAUUUCUUGUGCACCUGAAGAGGGUUGGCCCACGGCUUGCAGGAGAUCCAUGCUUUGAAGUGGCGUCUUGUGUGCAACCAGAAGCAAAGGAGCCACCCUGCAGAGGCGCACGUGUGAAUUCUGUGCAGAGAUGCUGGUCGCUUGAGUGUUUCCCAUGUAAUUGGCAUCCCACCAGGAAGGAGAGUUAGGAAUGACCGACACAGUGGACCCUUCCACUGCACUCACACAAAUGCACUCCUUGUGGUGAAAGGCAACGUGGGUGGUGCUGUGGUCUAAACCACUGAGCCUCUUGGGCUUGCCAAUCAGAAAGUCGGCAGUUCGAAUCCCCACAGCAGGGUGAGCUCCUGUUGCUUGGUCCCAGCUCCUGCCAACCUAGCAGUUCGAAAGCACAGCAGCACAAGUAGAUAAAUAGGUACUGCUGUGGCAGGAAGGUAAACGGCGUUUCUGUGCACUCUGGUUUCCGUCACAGUGUUCCAUUGCACCAGAAGCUGUUUAGUCAUGCUGGCCACAUGACCUGGAAAGCUGUCUGUGGACAAACACCGGCUCCCUCGGCCUGAAAGCAAGAUGAGCGCCGCAACCCCAUAGUCGCCUUUGACUGGACUUAACCAUCCAGGGGUCCUUUACCUUUUUUUAAAAAAAAACUCAUUUUGUACUUCCAGAUGCACUCCUUGUGGUGCGUCUUAAAGACUUGUUCGAUUCAAGCCAGUGGGCUUGAUCCAACUAAGUCAGUUGAACUCUGAUCCCAUAGAAAUCAACAGAAUGAGUUCAUUCCACUGCACUGCAGCACAAUCACUCAAUACUGUGUACCAGAGACAGCAUUAAAUGCUAUGAUUGUGUUUUUUUGUUUAGGUUUGGUGCUUUGACGAUGGAUGGUGGCCCAAGGAAUGUGGAUUGUAUUUAGCUGGACAAUUUACCACAACACAAUCCUGAAUUUGCACAGAAAGAGCGUAUAUCCAUUGAAAGAGUUUUCUGAACUUGGCAUUCCCCCUCAGUAUUUAAUAAAAGCAUGUAAAUAUGUACAUAAUGUAUAUAAUAGAAAGUAUAUUUCUUUUGGUAACGUUACAAGUGGUCUUAACAUUUGGAGUAACAUCAGAACUUUCCUCCGUGUGAAAUAAUGACGGCUGCAUAUUGUGAUGAGCACAUCGACGCAAUGCAUUUGCUUGAAAUGCUGUCCUUGCCUGUUUACUUGUGAAUGUUGCUAGAGAAACUGCUCUUGGAAAAACCCUACUUCAUUUUUGUCAAGGAAAUUGGGCUUCCCCUUAAGUCACCUGAAUGCACAGUACCUCGUUUAUGAUCCUCUGAAAUUGUUUCCUGCUGUCUUUCAUUGUGAGCAGAUGUCUCUUACAAAGUACAAAAAAAGAGACAGGGAAAAGUAUGAUUACCUCUUGAAAAAGUAUCUCUCUUAACUAAUGGUGAAGGAAAUAUUUUUGAGUUUGUAAUCAUGUUCAGUUUGAGUAUGUAUAAUCUGCCAGUUUGGGAUUUAAAAGCACAUACAAAUUGAAUCUUCUAUUUGCUAAAUCAACAGGUGACGGAAAAGCUGUAACAUGUUCGCUAGCAUAGAGUGUGUCUCAAAAUCAGUGAACCUUGUUAUUAAUACUUACUGGCAUUUAAAAAAACAAACCCAAACACCAUACAAUUUCAAAAGUAGCAUUUACUUUCUUACAUGCUAAACAUUGAGCCUGGUGUGGCCCAUAUACUGGUUUCUAAUCUUUGUCAGUUCUACUAAAGUAGGAGAAUUCUUUCCUUUUUUUAUUAAAGCUAUUGUGAAGCGCUUGACACUGAGGUAAAACAUUGGCACAGGUGUUUACGCAGUUGCCUUGGAAAAGGGGAUCCCUGAAGAGUUGGCACUUUCCUCACUCACUGAAAGUGCCUUGGCCCAGUUUUGGGGAAUCUUCCUUACAGCUCAUCAACCUCAUUCAGCACAGAGGCCCAAAAUUUAGUUCAGCAUUUGAUAAGCUAUCAUGGGGAGGAGGUAGUAGAGAAGUGAGCUUCUGCUAGCUUCCUUACACUGUGUUUUAAAUUUUUUUAAUUCAACAGACAUGCGCACAUACAAUAACAAUCUAAUUCAGUCUUACUGACUUUAGUGGAACUUAUUUUCCAACGUGUCUAGAAAGUAAGGCUGUUGUUCUAAGCCAGAGUAUUCUGGAUAAGUUCUAGGAGAGACCCAAUUGAUCUGAGACUAUUCUAGAUUUCUGUGGAUUGAGGCCUUCGUUUCUUUUAAUCAAAUUUCUAAUCAACUCUACCUUCUGUCUCCUCCAUUCUGACAUGCCAAAAUACAAAUAAAAAUCAUCCGUCUCUACAUAGUCUCAAAUGGAUAAAGAAAUAUUAUUUCACUGUUGCAGCUCUUAUUUUCAUUACCAAGUUUCCAAUAACCUAGUUGGAAGGACUACGGAAAUCAUAGGUAGUAAAUCUAUGUGAAAUUUUGCUGCCUUAUUGUAUGUAAAUGUCUAUUCUGAAAUGUUGAGAUUAUAUUUCUGUAACGUGUUUACUUUAUGCUAUCAUUUUCUGUUUUACAGAAUCAUCAUUUUGCAUAAUCCUGUUUACUCUAUAACAUAAUUUUUGAAGGGAGGAAAUGGAGAAGGGUCGAUUUUUCUUCCAUAUACUGAAACCAGUUUUAAACGAAUAGUGUAAAUCAUGGAGGACAGCUUUUAUGUUGCUGAAGGCACUUCUGCCACAUUCUCCCAUCCCUUCAGAGUUCCUUCCUUUCUAUUAGUUUCAUUUUAUUUUAUUUUAAAGGAUUUUGCUGUCUUUCUAUGAAGUUUCAGAAUAACAGUGAGGGGCAGUGUUUUAUUUGAUUAAAAUACUUUUUUUAAGCUUUUCUUCUGGGCUUUUUUUGGGGGGGGGGUUCUCUCAGCUGCCCAAGAACAAAUUGAUAGCUUUCUAUCAUAUAUGUUUAUGUGCAUACGGCACACUAAAAUAAGAAAGGAAUUACUUUUACUUGAAAUUUUCAAAUUACCUAUAUUAGUCUCCUAUACUAAAAUAAAAAAAUUAUAUAUGUAUUUGAGAGGAACCCCCAAAUAACCCAGAGAGGCUUAUUUCUGAGGACACCUUUAUAGGACUGAGAAUUCUAAUCCGUGGUAGCCAUGGUGAAAAUUGAAGCAGUACAGUCUAUUCUGGAUUAAUCUACAUUGCUUUUGUCUCUGCCCCUGCUUACAGCCCCCAACAGAUUACAUUACAGGGUACGCAGCACUCAAGAGAAAAAAGGCCCUGUUCCCCCUUCCUCCAUGUAAAUUAUUAAGAUAAGUUGUAAACAAUAUGACAUAUACCAGCUUGCUUUUUUGUAGUGUUCAAUAUUUUGCAUUGUGUUUUCAUAUUAAUUUGUAGAGGGAACUCUACCAUUCUUAGUCUGUAUAGUAACUCUAUCGGCAGCGGCUGUGGGUCUUGCGAAAAUUCUCUUCAAAUCAAUGUACCACAAGUUAGGCAGCAGCAUGAGAAAUAAAUCUCUUUUCACACUUCUAAUUCAUUGUCCUUGAUAUGAUGAAUUGCUGAUCUUGGUACGUAAGCAAUGUACAUCAUUGGACUUCAAGACUGGAUACUCACAG